AUUUCAUCCUCAAAACAGUUUGCCCAGAGAUACACAGCUGGAAAUCUGCUGCAAAUUCUGAGACUUCAAAUUCAACCAUCUCCAGAGAGGCCAGCACCCAGUCCUCAUCAGCUACGACCAGCCAAGGCUAUGUUUUACCAGAAGGCAAAAUCAUGCCAAACAGCAUAUUUGUUGGUGGAAUUGAUAUUAGGAUGGAUGAAACUGAAAUUAGGAGUUUUUUUGCUAGAUAUGGUUCAGUGAAAGAAGUGAAGAUAAUCACAGAUCGAACUGGUGUGUCUAAAGGCUAUGGAUUUGUUUCAUUUUAUAAUGACGUGGAUGUGCAGAAGAUAGUAGAAUCACAGAUAAAUUUCCAUGGUAAAAAGCUGAAACUGGGCCCUGCAAUCAGGAAACAAAAUUUAUGUGCUUAUCAUGUGCAGCCACGUCCUUUGGUUUUUAAUCCUCCACCACCACCACCACCACAGUUUCCGAGUGUCUGGAGUAAUCCAAACACAGAAACUUAUAUGCAACCUCCACCCAUGAUGAAUCCUAUAACCCAGUAUGUUCAGACAUAUCCUCCUUACCCAAAUUCACCAGUUCAGGUCAUCACUGGAUAUCAGUUGCCUGUAUAUAAUUUUCAGAUGCCACCGCAGUGGCCUGCUGGGGAGCAAAGGAGUUAUGUUUUACCUCCGGCUUACACAACUGUUAACUACCACUGUAAUGAAGUUGACCCAGGAGCUGAAGUUUUGCCAAAUGAAUGCUCAGUUCAUGAAGCUACUUCAUCCUCUGGAAAUGGCCCACAAAAGAAAUCUGUGGACCGAAGCAUACAAACAGUGGUAUCUUGUCUAUUUAAUCCGGAGAACAGACUGAGAAACUCUAUUGUUACUCAAGAUGACUACUUCAAGGAUAAAAGAGUUCAUCACUUUAGAAGAAGUCGGGCAGUACUUAAAUCUGUUUGAUCCUCUCUGCUUUCUAGUCUUGUGGGAACUUGCUGACUUUGGGUAUUAGGAGGCUGAAAGUUUUUCACUAAUAUAGAAAUUUAAUUCUGAAUUCUGAUAAAUCACUUAAACUUUCUGUACAAGCUAUAUUAUUAGAUUGCCUAGUUUUAUCUUAUAUUGAGACUGUUCUUCAUUAGAUGUUUACUUAGAUUUUGUUGAAUAUAUAGUUGAGACUAAAAAUAAUUGAGCUGAAAUAAACAACUUUAAGAUGUAUAUGCCAGGAUUUUUUUUAAAAAAUUGAAAUUGGCAUUUUAAGAAUUUAAAAGCAGAUACUGAAUUUCAAAAAAUUGUUUUAAGAACCCUAUUUUGAAAGGUCAGAAUUUUGAUAGUUUAAAUACAAGCAUUUUAUUUCUCCAGCAAAUACCUGUGAACAGUACAGUAUUUACAAUCUUGUGCUUCACAUUUAUGAUUUAUCUAGACAUUUACUACAAAAGCAAAUUUUUAAAACUGCAUUUUUAAUCAGUGGAACUCAAUAGUUAACUUUAUUGAAGUCUUCCUUAUCUAAACUCAGUAAAACAUUCUAGCUAAACAGUCCAAUCAGUGGGUCUUAUAAAAUCAAAAUAUGCUAUUCUUUAUCCAAAAUCCACACAUAUGUAUCCUAUUUGAUUGGGAUGGCAAUUAGGAUAACUAAAAUUCUGGGCCUAAUUUUUUUUUAAAGAAUCCAAGACAAACUA